CCCGUUUGAUGUGAGGGGUCCAGGACUUGAUAGCGUCUCCCCCCCUUCUUCUCCUUCUUCUUCUUCUUCCACUGCGUCCUGCCAGGCCGAAGAGAACUAGCAGCAUGGCUGAGGUGAAGAAAAUGACGUCGAGCCGUCGGCACCAGCUGAAGAGUUUGAUGCUGCAGAUCGCCGCCGGGUGGAUUGAGCAGGAGAAGAAGGAGCUGGUGGCGGCGAAGGAGGCGCACAUGUCUGAAUCAUGCCCCACCCCCGACCUGAGUGGAGACAUGGCCGCCCUCACGGAACUCUGCAAGAAGAUCUACCAGGCCAUCGACAAGAUCGACGAGGCGAGGUACGACGCCGAGUCCAAGGUCCGCAAGAGCGACUCCGAGAUCGACGACUUAAAGAUGAAGGUGGUGGAGCUGGCCGGGGUGAAGAAGCCGGCCCUGAAGAAGGUCCGUAUGUCGGCUGACGCCAUGCUGCAGGCCCUGCUGGGAGGGAAGCACAAGGUGACCAUGGACCUGAGGGCCAACCUGAAGCAGGUCAAGAAGGAGGUCAAGGAGGAGUCGACGGAGGCCGGCGACUGGAGGAAGAACAUCGAGGACAAGGCCGACAGGAAGAAGAUGUUCGAGACCUCCUAAGAACCGCCGCCACCCAGUUGUCCCCCUCUGAAGUGUCUAUCUGCUCCAGCACGGGGAUGACAGCUAAGACGCUUUGUUGUUGUUGUUUUUAGAUUUUAGUUUUUGUGAUACAAAGAGACUGAGCUGAGACAAUUAAAAAACAUCAUUUCAGAAUGUUUGGUUAGAAAUAAAAGUUUGGAAAUGGAA